GUACAUUAUGCUAAAUCACGAGAAUAUCACUGGAUUAAAAUGGGGCGCGCCUUUGUUUAAGGGACCUGUUACAGAUUUCUUGGCUAAUGUACGAAAUCUUCAAUGUCUCAAGGAGUGUGCACAGUAUGAGCUACAAUAUGUCGAUUGUAUGGAAGCGUACGGUUAUCACAGGGGCAAGAAAGAAUGCAGAUUGAUAUUGGAAGAUAUGUAUGAAUGUGUGAUGAAAACAAAAAGAUUACAUCGCAUUGAAGUGAUGGAGCAAGAGCGAUACCGUCAGUAUAGGAAUGGUGAGAGGGAAAAACUUUGGGCAGAAACUCCACCACUCGAUCUAUUUUGAGUUAUUGCUCUCUUCUAAUACAUAUAGUUCAUAUAUAGAUAUAUUGUAUACGCUAUGAUAUGAUUAUAGAUGACGUUUUAUCAUCUAUUAAA